CAGGCUUUUCCCGCUUCUCUGUACUAGUGCUGACAUCUGCUGUUAGCAUAGAAGACUACAACGAGUGCAACGACUGCAACGCCGUAUAGUUAGUUCCUCGGGUUCUUUCGUUCAUCGUAUACACGUAAACAUGGUUCUGCCGGCGAAAAAAACCAAAGGCCCAAUUAAAAAGCAGAUCCUUCGGGGCAAGGGACAGAAGAAAAAGGUGUCCCUAAAGUUCACGAUCGACUGCACACAUCCUGUCGAGGAUAAUAUAAUGGACGUUACCAAUUUUGAAAAAUAUUUGCAAGAAAAGAUCAAGGUUAACGGCAAAACUUACAACUUUGGUAACAAUGUUACCCUGGAGCGUAACAAGAUGAAGCUCACCAUCAACAGCGACGUUGAUUUCUCGAAGCGGUAUCUCAAGUACUUGACAAAGAAGUACUUGAAGAAGAACAAGUUGCGUGAUUGGUUGCGAGUGGUGUCGAAAGACAAAGAAACGUACGAAUUACGAUACUUCCAAAUUAACAGUCAGGAAGACGACGACGAGGAGGACGCAGAAUAAUUUUUUUUAUUCUUUCCACUACAGACACGUCUGUAUAUAUUCCUUUUAAUAAAGAACAAUAAAAUCCAAUAA